AUGUAAUAGACAGUUUUGACACAUUCAAUAGCACACACAGCAUACUACUAACACAUCAACUGCCUCACCAAACGCACUCUCUUCCUCCUCACUCUUGUGUGUGUCACCACCUCCACCACGUCUGUAUCUGAAACAGUCGGUGCUCCUCUCACUACGACUUCAAUAACUAUUCUGCUUGUAUGUCGAUGAUUUCAAAAGUGGAAGGAAGUGUUUGGUUUAUAUUCACUGUCCUGUUGGCCAUGGCAUCGAAUAUAGUCAGCUGGUCGCUAGUUACACCAAUAUGAUAAUGAUAACAUGUAGCUGAAAUGGAGCUCUGUUGCAACGAUGCUGGAGGAAUCGUUUCUGAUUCUGUAGUGGCGUUACCAAACAUUCUCUGUUGAUAGUUUGUUGUUUUUUAAACUGUUGUCGGACUUGAUAGGCAACUAAAAGGUUUGCCAAGUCAAGAUGAGCAGCUGGAAGAGUCUAUAAGGAGAUAUACUGCAAAGCAACCAAACCAGCAGUGUCAGAUUAUUUACACUAUCAGAGCAAAAUAGAAAAGAGGCGAUAUUUAUUAAACCACACAGUUAUAUUCUUGACUCAUACUUCUCAGACAAGGUUUCAUCAGUAUAACAGUAAAUUUUUACAAAAUAUCCUGAUGCGGGACCAUGAUUUACCUACUCCAUCUGAACGCAGGUUGCGAUUAUUGCAACUUGUGCGCAAAUUAAACUUGCGUACGUGGUUACAACAUGUUACAACUUAUGGUGGAGCAAAUAGCAGUCCAAGUAGUAGUACACCCUCUGCAGCAGCUGCAGCCAUUGGUGCAUUUACGUGUGCUCAAGCAUCCCUGGCAAUUAAACCUAGUGGAGGAAGCCUUCCUUCUCAACCACGAAGGGUUGUAGCUCAAAAUUCCAGCAGUGCUACUUCAUCAAACUCAAAGCUCUCAGCUCAGAAGAAAUCACUCUACCGCAAAGUCCUUUCCAGUUCAGCAACGGAUUGCCAGUCUCUAAAACCGAGACACCUGAGCCUUUCCAAUGUUCGCCAACUUAGAUUGAUACAGCAGUUGGUUUCUUCUUCUAUGAUGUUUCUUGUAGAUAGUUGCUUUCCAAGGUUACCAUCUAAUGUAGACCAAGAAAGGUGUUGUGGGGAGGACUCUGGUGUUAUAUUUGAUGAUCACUCAGAUGAAGAAGACAGUAGUCACUUAACUUCAUCCUCAGCUAUUGGAGCUUGCUGUGGUUCAACCUCUUGCACAGAAGGUACUAAGUUUGAAGAUGAUUGUCGCAUCCAUCAUAUCUUAGAUCACAAUUCCUAUCACCCACGACACAAGUGGUCCAAGCUUCAAAAGAACUCUGCUGCUUCAAGGCAGUCAAAUUAUGCAAUUUUUCACCAGGAACUUUGUACACAACUAGAAAAGUUGUGUUCUAAUCAUUCCCCUUGUAAAGAUGAUGGCAGAGAGGAAGUUGAAAUUGAAGAAGACAGAAUUAUCACUCAGCAGGCAGUUGUAGAAUCCUCCGAAGCUGGCCAAACUGAGAAAUUUUUGAAGAACCUGAACGAUGAAACAGAUGAUGUUCCCAGGAACUACCUCCUCGCAACUCCCAAACAGCUUCAGAACUGCUCUGCUGAAGUUUCUGGUGAGGAGGGAGAAAAAUGGGAACAGCUGAACAUUUCAACAAAAUCCUGUGAAAAUGCUGAAAAUGACAUGGAAUAUACCAAAGAUUCUUUAGGUUUUCGCUACAAGCCUCCGCUUCCUGAAGAGAGGUGUUUCUCACCGUCUCCUGUUGUGGCUGGAGAAACUAUUGCUGAGAAAACUUUACCAUGGAGGUGUUCUGAAAAAGUUACAGAGGUAAACCCUGAACAGGGUGAAGAAGAAACACUUCAAACUUUGGCUGAAACUAGUUUACCAUGGAAACGACAGUCAGUCCGAGAACCUCUGGCUGGUAGGUUGGUUAUGAACGUUGGUGAAGAUGAACCUCAGGCUGCUGAGUUUCCAUCUUGGGUGAACAACCUCCUAUAUCAUCGCCUUAAAGAGACUGGUUCACCAUACCUAUCACCUGAGGAUACUCUGACUAUGGGUCAAAACAAUCUAGCUAGACCUUCUAUCUUUUCAGUUUUCCCAAACAAACAGAGUCAUGAAGAAGAAGCAGCUAAAAGUCCUUCUUUCUUGCCAGCUCAUUCUGCUGCUGAACAAGAAUCACAGCAGGUUUCUUUACCUCCUCCUUGGGAAAGCCAUAAUGGCACUGAGUGUGAACCACUCACCUCUCCACAUGCUACCAACACCAAUAUUGGUGACAAAGUGUGCAGUACAGAAUCAAUGCAUCGCCUGCAACCGCCCACUCAUCACAUCAUCAUACCCCUAACCCCUGGAAAUACAAAUGAAAGCAUCUCAGAUUUGGAGUCUGCUCCUGCUGUUGAUCGUGCAGCGCUACGAUCUCCAGCUUCUGCUCCCAAUUUCCCGACCCACUGGCAAAUGUUACACCCCAAUCUGCGUGACCGUAGACAUUCCACAUCACUCACAGAAGAGCAAGUGUAUGAAGAAGAUUGCUUGCAACGCGUGCAGAACUGGUUGGACAAUGUAGAACCUGGCUACAACCCGGUUGAUCUCGAUUAUUUGGAGCCUGAUGCUGAACCAUUUUUUUUACUUCAUGGAACUGACGAUGACUUGGAUGAAACUUACGAUGCUGACUUGGAAGAUGAGUGUUUGGAGGAGACUAUUGUCUAACAAUAAAAUUCUAUACUAAU